GCAGUCCGUGACCUCAUCCAAGAGUACCACGACGUUUUCCCAUUGUCGUUUUCGUACGCCGGCAUCCCACCGAUGCGUGACGUCGAGCACUCCAUUCAUCUUGUGCCUGACUAUCGUGUUCACCACCAGGCACCCUACAGACUCUCGAUUCCCGAGACCACCGAACUCAAGCGUCUGCUUGAGGAGCUCCUGAGACUGGGUUUCAUUAAACCCAGCAACUCCCCAUGGGGUGCACCCGUCCUCUUUGCUCGCAAAGCGGAUGGAACUCUCCGUCUCUGCAUCGACUAUCGCGGUCUCAACCGCUACACGGUUAAGAACAGCUACCCCAUGCCUCAUUCCGAUGAGCUCUUCGACCGCCUAGCAGGCAACCGCUUCUUUACGAAGAUUGAUCUUCGUAGCGGUUACCAUCAGAUCCGCGUCGCUGCAGCCGACCAGCCGAAGACAGUGUUUCGAUCGCGCUUCGACCACUACGAGUUUACGGUGAUGCCAUUCGGCCUCACCAAUGCACCCGCGAUCUUCCAGAGGGCGAUGAACGAUAUCUUCAGGGACAUCCUGGAGCAGUACGUUCUCGUCUACCUCGACGAUACCCUUGAGGAGCACCUCAGACACCUCCGUGACGUCCUUGACCGCUUGCGCAGACAUGGCUUCUACGCCAAGUUGAGCAAGUGCCGCUUUGCCCAGCACAAAGUGGAUUUCUUAGGACACUAAGUGUCUGACCAGGGUCUCCACAUGGACGACG